GGAAAGGAAAGGAGAGAGAGAGAGAGAGAGAGGGAGGGGCUCUGGGAGGUCUGUGUGUGCCUGUUUGGGAGGGGACUCGUACAAAUUCAGGGACGGGGAGAAUUUUGAGGGCGAUUAGAGGAGCCGUGAUCAGAAAUUGAAAGCUAGGUGAGGAAAUUGCACGAUUCGGGUCAUGCAGUUUUCGUAAAUUGGAGUGGUGGUGCUGGAGGAGGUGGAGGGGGAUUGGUGGUGGUGGCGUUGUUGUUAUCGUGGUGGUGGGGGUUUUGUGGACAGCGGAAUUGGAGUGAAGGUUAUUUGCUGUUGGGCGUCGUUGUGUGGCGGGGUGGGGAGUGAGGAGAGCUUUUGGCAGAAUGGCGAUGGCCUUGGCUUGCGAGAGAGAGCAGCAGGAAGGGCAAUUGGAAGGAGAGGGAGAGUGCGGGGUGGAAAUUCAGAGAGGGGAGUGUGUGGAGGUUGCGGAGGACGGGAAUUUGGGCCUCGAGGACCUGGAAGAGGAGGAGGAAGAAGAGGAUGAGGAGGUGGACGAAGGAGUGGUCGUAGAAGAGGACGAUGACGAAGAAGAAGAAGUAGAAGAAGAAGAAGAGGAGGACGAGGACGAGGACGAAGAAGAAGAAGUCGAAGAAGAGGAGGAAGAAGCAGAAUACGAGGUGGAGGGCGAGGAGGAGGAUGAUGAGGAGGAAGUAUUUUCAUCAGGCAGAGGAGAGAGCGAGGAAGGAGAAGAUAAGGAGGAGGAAGUAUCAUCGGGCGUGCGGGUGUUAUUUAAGUUAAAGGACAGUCCGCCAUCGGUGAUUGUCCAGUACGAUGAAGAUGGCGAACAAGUCGAAUUCGAGAGGCACGACACUUCGGACCAAACGGAAUCAGAUUCUGAAGACGAAGAGGAAGUGGAGGAAGAAGAUGACGACGUAGAAGCUGGGCAAGAGUACACUUCCCCUGCAUACUCCGAGGACUCGGCCUUCGCAGAGCUCCUCGAGAAUGUGACGGCGAGGACCGGGGUCAAGGCAAUAGGAGGCGAAAGAAGCCCCGGUGGUGAAAGCAGCGAGGGACUUAUCGUCGUGAAUGAUCACGACUCUUACGUGUCCAUCGCUAUUGCCUUCCCAAAGGUGGAAGAAUAUCGAGUAAAUGCCAAUAGAUCGACCAUGGUUAAGCUUAUGGCUCAGUCUGCGUUAAAGAUGGAACUCCCUCCCUGUGGUCUGUAUCUCGCUGUUCUCCUGCUCGAUUUCUACUGGCAACACGAUCGCAGCGAGGGACGGCGUAUGGAUUCGGUUCAGCUACAUGUGCUCGCCUAUACGUCCCUCUACAUCGCCAGCAAUCGCUUUACGACCCCUCGUCUAGCCAGAACACCCGAUGAAUUCUGCCAGUGGGCCGGAGUGGCGGAGGGCAGUGUUAAGGGAUGUAUGAUAAUUAGGCAAUUGGAGGCGUUCGAAAGGCUUCUGCGCCCCGAGAGCGUGUCAUCUGUCACGUGCCAAUGCCUCUGGCGCAAAUUGAAUCGGUUCGACGAUCGUGGCUCCAAGUUUCCGACGCUGCACAUGUCCAACUUCAUCCGCGACCUGGAGCAGACGGAAUACGGCAUCACGAACUUCGAUCCAGUGACGGGCGCGGUGAAGGCCGCGCACGCCGUUUGGAACGCGCAUGUGCUCAUGGCCAAAUUGAACGACCCCUCCAAUUUUGAAGAUCCCGAAGGGGCGAUGGCGCGAGUCUUGCUUCUGGCCUCGAUGUCCGCGGGUCGAAAGCGGGGCGCGCACGACUUGUCGCCGGAGAACAUGAACGACAUGAACAAGCGUGCCAAGAUGCUGAGCCUGCCCAAAUUGCGCAUCGCUGUGUCUUGAGAGCAAGCGCCCAAGGCAGAAGACACGAAGUCGUCGUCGAGUCCAUGGCGUUCUCGAUUGCUCGGAAUUUGCUUCGUCCAUCGCACUAAGGGGCUGCUGCCGUGAUCCAGAUGUUGUCCAGACCAGAUCAGUACCCAUUUAGGACCCACAUAGGUAAACACCCCAGUGGAUACAGAUGGGCACUAUUCUGCCCCACCUUGUAGAUAAUUUUUAGAUAGCCAUCCCUUUCACUGGAGCCUGCCUUGCUGUUGCGCCUGUUCCAGAGAUUGACAUCAGCUUGCCAGUCUCUUUUUGAUGGAGAAGAAGGUACACAGACGAUGUCGAGGGGCUCUGGGCAGGCCAACUGCCGGGACCCUAGUGAUUGAUGGUGAUGGCUGGGUGUUUAGAUCGUUGGGACCUUCCCUUUGUAACAUUCAUUUAGCUGUAGCUUUAGCUUUAGAUGUCACCCGCACACGCACACCUCUUACACACCCGCCCGCACCCACACACAUCCACACACUCCUUACGUAGACACACACACUGGCGCGAGCACACCAGCGACAGACACUGACUGUCUAGACAACACGAACCGCAACAACAUCAAUUUCAUAUACGUCACAUGCCACCCCUUUUUCAUCAUAUGUCAAUUAGGUGUCUUGGGUGGUGAUGGCGAGUAGUAGAUUCGCCCAUCACCAGCUUAGGGCAAAAGAACGAGAGCUGGCUUCGCAUCGAUCUCUCUCUCUGUACAGAAGAUCCCCAAUCAUCGCCUGCUCUUGGAGGGUCUCCACAAAGUGUGUUCACUGUUCAUUGUAAAUACAAUCUCUUUCAACCAAUCAAUCAUC